AACCUAAAUCCAUACCCCUCUGACCCUUCUCCUUAUCCUUCCUCUCAAGCUCCUCAAACUGGUCCAGGUGCCGGAUUCCCACCACGUUCCGGACUUGCAGGAAUGCAACCUAAUUCAUACGCUUCAUACGCACCUCCGACCGGAACGUCCGGUGGUAGAGCCGGAUUGGGAGAAGAGAGGAAUGUAGCUCAGAUCGUCAGUGAGAACACUGGGGUUUAUGCUAGGAAAUUUCAGGCUUUGUUAGAUAGGAGUACACCUCAUGUGAUGGAGAGAUGGGGAGUGACAGCUGUUUUGGGGUUCGUAUUUGUUUUGAAUGUGGUGUUGCGUCAAGGGUGGUACAUCGUCUGCUAUGCUUUGGCCAUUUACAUCCUCAACCUCUUCCUAGCCUUUCUACAACCUCGAUUCGACCCUUCCCUCGCUGCCGAUCUAGCUGCGGAUGAUGUUGAAGAAGGUGCUCCGGGUCUACCAGGAAGCGAGACCAAAUCUCCAGGUGGGUUGAGGGGAUUGAUGAAUGGAUUCAGUGCUGGAGGGGAAGAUGAAGAAUUUAGGCCUUUCAUACGUCGGUUGCCAGAAUUCAAAUUCUGGUAUUCGUCCACUCGAGCAACAGCCAUCGCUUUGUUAUGUACCAUUACUCGAGCUACCGACGUACCUGUCUAUUGGCCGAUUUUGUUGAUAUACUUUCUCACGCUGUUCGGUCUCACCAUGCGAAGACAAAUACAACAUAUGAUAAAAUAUCGUUAUGUCCCAUUUGACCUCGGUAAAAAGACGCGUUAUGGCAAGAAAUGA